AGCUGGUAAUUUCUUGGUCUCAAAAUUGAAGCCACAGAGAUUAAAUAAUUAUUACAAUGGUCAAUGAAACAGCAUUGCUUGAAAGAAAUCAAGACAAAAGUAAUAAUUUCUUCGAAGCGUAUUUACGAUGGAAUAGCCAUUGCAAAAAGAUGUUAGAUGAAGCAGAAACGAAGAUAUUCUCAAAAAUUGAAGCUCCAUUUAAACGAUAUAAUGUGAAAUUGGGUCAAUGUGUCGGACAAAAUGAUGAGAUAUGGACUUUCUCAAUGAACACUCAAAGCCCUAAUAUACCAAUCGUUUUACUGCAUGGCUUCUGUGCAGGGAGCGCUUUCUUCGCAAUGAAUUUAGAAGGUUUAGCAGAGAAUCACCCAGUUUAUGCUUUUGAUACCUUGGGAUUUGCCAGAAGUUCUCGGCCUACUUUCUCUAAUGAUCCUAUUAAAAUUGAACAGCAGUUUGUGGAUUCAAUUGAGAAAUGGCGUGAAGCUGUAGGAAUUGAGAAGAUGGUACUACUUGGCCAUUCGUUCGGAGGUUUUCUUGCUAGUUCAUAUGCUUUAAAAUAUCCUAAUAGACUAGCACAUUUAAUUUUGGUGGAUCCUUGGGGAUAUGAUGAAGCACCUGAUCUUCAAGAUUUUCCCUUGUGGAAGCUUUCCGUUGCUUAUACUGUUCGACUUAUGGUUGGACCCUUAACAAUGAUCAGAGCUUUUGGACCAUUUGGCGAGUGGUUAAUAAAAAAUGUUCGCCCUGAUCUUUUACAAAAAUAUCAAUCAAUUGUUGAUCCAUCAAUUGUUUCUCGAUAUAUAUACCACUGCAAUAAUAACAGCAACCCUUCAGGUGAAGCUGCUUUUCAUCGUAUGACACGUGUCGGUCCGUGGCCGGUACAUCCAAUUGGUGAAAGGAUGAAAAAUGGAAUAAGUGAUGACAUCCCAGUUACAUUCCUUUAUGGUGCAAACACCUGGAUGAAUAGUACUUACGGAAAAAUAAUUAAAGAACAUAGAAAAAGUAGUUACACUAACGUUGAAAUUGUCGAGAAUGCUGGUCAUCAUAUUUACACCGACAACGCUCCUGAAUUUAAUCGAUGUGAAUUUCAAGUCAUAAGAUCAAAAUUAUUUCUCGGGGACGAAAUCAUGGUGAAUGACAAAGCAGUUGUCAAUGCUAGUGAAGUUCGUAGCUGCGCAUUUUCAUCAUAUUUACGAUGGAACGGACAUUCAGCGGAUCUUUUAGACCAAUCAGAAACGACAAUUUUAUCAAACGUCAAAGUGCCUUUUGAUAGAUUUCCUAUCUCUCUGGGUAAUUGUGUUGGAACGAAUGACGAAAUAUGGACGCUGUCGAUGAAUACUGAAAGCACAAAUGUUCCAUUAGUUAUGCUACAUGGAUUCGCAGCUGGAAUUGCUUUUUGGGUGAUGAAUUUGGAAGAACUUUCCGUUGAUCGACCAUUAUACGCAAUCGAUUUGCUUGGAUUUGGUAAAAGUUCUCGGUCGAAAUUUUCCACAAACGCAGAAGAAAUUGAACAACAAUUUGUUGAAUCGAUUGAGAAAUGGCGUGAAAUCAUGCAAAUACCAAAGAUGAUUCUGCUCGGUCACAGCUUCGGUGGUUAUCUCGCAAGUUCCUAUGCAAUUAAUUAUCCAGAUCGUAUCGAACAUUUAAUACUCGCUGAUCCUUGGGGAUUCACUGAAAAACCUGAUUUGAGCAAUGUUGCGUUAUGGAAACGAUCACUUGUGAGAGUUUUCCAAAAGAUGACUCCGCUCGCAAUUAUUAGAGCUGCUGGGCCUUAUGGCGAAUGGUUGGUUAAGAAAGCUCGUGGAGAUAUUCUUAGAAAAUAUGAAAAUGUCGUCGCUGAUCAAAAUAUCAUAGCUCAAUAUAUUCAUCAAUGCAACAGCAAUCGAAAUCCUUCAGGCGAACAAGCUUUCAAGAACCUUCUUGAAGGUGGACCAUGGGCUAAAUAUCCAAUGGGGGAAAGAUUAAAAGAUCAAAUAAAUGAUGAAAUUCCUAUAACAUUUCUUUAUGGUGCAACGUCAUGGAUGAAUAAUACUUAUGGUGUCAUUAUCAAAGAGUCACGACCGAAAAGCUACACACAUAUUGAAAGCAUUGAAUUUGCUGGUCAUCAUGUUUACUCAGACAAUGCUCUUGACUUCAAUCAGUUUGUGAACGAUGCGUGUAGAGUUUUAAAAUCAAAACUAUUAUUCGUAGACUUUGAUAAGAAAAUUUCUUCAUAUGCUCUUAUUUUACGCUUCCUUUCGUCUCUAAUGCGAUGGAAUUUCCAUUCGACAAAAGCUCUCGACAAGACCGAAGAAAAAAUGCUCUCUGGAGUGAAGACUCAAUACAACAAAUUCUACGUUGACAUAGGGCAGUGCGUUGGUGAUGAUGACAAAAUUUGGACUCUCUCGAUGAAUACAGAAAAUAAUUCAAAUAUUCCAAUGGUCUUGCUUCAUGGUUUCGGAGCUGGAAUAGGAUUUUGGAUUUUAAAUUUUGAUGCAUUUGCUGCUGAACGUCCAAUUUAUGCCAUCGAUCUCUUGGGCUACGGGAAGAGUUCAAGACCAAAGUUCUCGAAAGAUGCCGAAAUUGUUGAGAAUCAAUAUGUGGAGACGAUUGAGAAAUGGCGACAAUUUAUGAGAAUAGACAAGAUGAUCAUUCUAGGACAUUCAUUUGGUGGAUUUAUUUCCGCUUCUUAUUCUAUAAAAUAUCCUGAACGAAUCGAGCAUCUUAUUUUAGGUGAUCCUUGGGGAUUCACACCAGCCCCAGAUUUAAAGCAAUAUUCUUUGUACAAACGUUCCUUAAUUCGUGCUUCUGGUGUUAUCUCGCCUUUGUGGAUUGUGAGGGCGGCAGGCCCUCUCGGUCCGGUGAUUUUGAGAAAAGGCCGCCCAGAUAUAGUUGAGAAAUAUGAAAAUGUUGUUGAUAAACAUGAUCGUACUAUUGCCAAAUAUGUUUAUCAUUGCAAUACAAAAAAGACGACAGGAGAGCUUGCAUUUAGGAAUUUACUUGAUGUCGGUGCCUAUCCAAAACGUCCAAUGCUUGAAAGACUGUUGAAUGGUCUUAAAGAAAAUAUUCCUAUGACAAUUAUAUUUGGUGAAGAGUCGUGGAUCGAUAAUUCAUUCGGCCCUGAGUUAAAGAAUGGACGAAGUGUAGAAAGUUACACGCAAAUUGAAAAUAUUAAAUCUGCUGGUCAUCAACUCUUCUCAGACAAUGCAGAAGAGUUUAAUCGAAUCGUGCUUGAAGCAUGUAAAGUCCUCAAAUCAAACAAAGCAUAACUUUAGUACUUUGAUUAAAUUGAUACUCAUAAGGCGAUUGGGAGUUGUUGGGCGGAAGUUUCAUCAUUUCAUUUCGUUUAUGCCAUAAUUUUUUCACAUUUUUGCAUAAAUAUUGAAUUAAAUUUUUAAAAAUUGACAACUUUGUCCAUCAAAGGCUAUCGAAUGUUAAAAGCUUUAACUACAUUUAUUGCAACUACCAAUCCAUAAGAUCAAAACUUUUUGUUUUUUUAAUUUAUUUUCUUAUUUUUGUUUUGCUAUAAAAUACGCUUUAACAAAUACAAAAAUUGUUUAACAUGAGACCUAUAGAGAGUAAAACUUUUUAUCUAGAAGCACAUGAUAUAUUUUUCUGAGACACGAUUUUAUUGAAUAAAAAUAUCUUACAAAAAAAAAAAUAAAAACUCACUCUCAUUAAAUGAGUAGGAGAGAAUGAACAAGAAAAAAAAACAGUGAAUUAAAAUCGAAAAGUUGUUAGUCACGAAGAAAAAAUCGAACCGUAAGCUGUGAAGAAAGAUAUGGGAAUAAAAUAAAUGUGAUGAGUUCAAUUGUGACAACCUUGAUCUUCGAAAAUAAAAAGUUUAAUAAAAUUAAUGAUCACUGAAACUUGCACAUAUUGAAAAUUGUUUUAUUUAUCAACAAGCCGGUCACAUUCACAUAAUUUAUUUGAAAUUGCAGCAAAUUGAAGCAAUUCUGUGAAUUUAUAUCAUUAUAAUUUGUAUUGCACAACAACUUUAAUAUGGAAAAUACAAGCAGUGAGUACGGAAGAAAAUUUCAACUUCUGGAAAAGUUUAAAGUGCUUUACGACUUAAGAUCAUUCUUUUCGUCACUCUUCCGAUGGAACUUUCAUUCGAAACAAGCCUUAGAAUCAACAGAGGAUAUAAUGUUGUCAAGUGUUAAAUCGUCGUUUCAAAGAUGUCAUGUGGAAAUCGGAACAUGUGUCGGUGAUAAUGAUAAGAUUUGGACACUUUCAAUGAACACAGAUAAUGAAAACGUUCCGAUUGUUCUUCUUCAUGGCUAUGUCAGUGCACUCGCUUUGUGGAUGUUAAAUUUAGAUGACUUUUCAGCACAUCGUCCAGUUUAUGCGAUCGAUUUGUUGGGAUUUGGAAGAAGUACUCGACCAAAGUUUUCUGAUGACCCUCAAGAGAUUCAAGAACAAUAUGUGAUGUUUUUAGAAAAGUGGCGAGAAGCGAUGAACAUUGAAAAAAUGAUUCUAUUAGGUCAUAGCUUAGGUGGCUUUAUAUCAAGUUGUUACACUUUGAAGUAUCCUGAAAGAGUUGAACAUUUAAUUCUUGCUGAUCCUUGGGGUUACACUCCCGCCCCAGAUCUCAAACAAAUUUCCUUCAUUCGUCGAUCAUUAAUGAAGGUUUUUACAAGAUUUCCACCAUUUGGGAUUGUCAGAGCAGCCGGCCCUUUAGGACCACGAUUCCUUCGAUCCGCAAGGCGAGACAUUGUUGAAAAGUUUGAGCAAAAUCUUGACGAUCGACAGAAGAAAAGUGUUUCGGAGUACAUUUAUCAUUGCAAUAAUACGAAUCGAAGUGGUGAAUUGGCCUUUCAUCGAAUGCUUAACAAUGGACCAUGGCCACAAUAUCCGAUCGGUGAGAAUGUUAGAAAUAAUAUUUGCCAUAAGAUUCCUUUAACUUUCAUCUACGGCGUGAACUCGUGGCUUGACAAAACUUAUGGAAAUAUUAUUAAAGAAUCACGUCCAAGCAGCUAUACGCGCAUUGAAAUGAUCGACAAUGCUGGCCACAAAGUAUUCUCGGAUAACGAGACAGUAUUUAAUCAAUUAGUGGUAGAAGCUUGUAAAGUAUUAAAAUCAUGAAAUUUAUUUUCGUUUCAUCUUCAAAAAAAUUUUUUUUAUUAAAAAACAAAAAUUAGUAAAUAAAACGAACAAAGCCAAAGGAUAUGUAAUUAAGGGAAAAAAUAAGUGAUUUUGAUUAUUAAAUUAAGGCACAAAAAAGAAUUAGAAUAACUGACUGUCUUGAACAUGUUUUUCAUUUGUAAAUAAUACUUAAUUUCCUCUGUCUGCUUUUGUAUAAUAAAAUGUGCAAAAUUAAAAACGAAAUUGCCAGGGAUGUGAUUUGUUUCCUUUUGUUACAGUUUACUUUUGUAAAACUGACAAACAUCAUCUCUGCAUAAUGAUAAAUAUUGUAUUUUCGGUAUUUAUUUGAAACUUUAAGUUGUAAAUAUUUAAAUAAGUAAAAUUAUUCCAAUUAAGAAGAAUCAAGGAUUAAAUUUAAUCUUAGUCUGAUUAUCCUUAAUCCGGAUUAAGAAGAAUUUUAAUCUUCGGAAUCCUUAAUUGGAAUUUAAUUUAUUUAAAGGAAAUAAUGAAGUAAAUUUCGUUUAUUGUGUGUGUGUUUGGGAGCCUAAAUCUUAGGCAGAUAGAAAUCAUGGAAUCAAUUAAAUCAUUGAAGAUAAAAAUAGAAAGGUCAUCGAUUUAUGUAAAAAUGUCAUUCAAAUAUUUGUUAGUAACUUAAAAGACCUUCGUAAAACUUUCGUGUUGAUCUCAAAGGCACAAGAAAAAGAAAAGAGUUUCACUUUUCGAGACUAAUUUAAAAAUCUAAUCUCAAGUUAUUGUUGAAACUGCGUGACGAGUGUUUUUGUAGCUUUUGCUAAAUUGUAUGCACAAUUUCGAACUUGCUGUAGAUAAAUUUCAACAAUUGUUGGAUUGUCUUUGAUCAGAGCUCGUUGAAGAUUCGUACAUUCAGUUUGAACACUCGCAGUAUUCAAAUUAAGUUGACGUAAGGCAGAUUUCAGAACUUCGUCAUUCAUAGUGGGUGGAAAAAUGGCAAUCAGUUCUUCAACCCCCACACGAAUGCGUUCUGAACAUGGCACAAAAGCAUCUUUUUUUGUGAGAUCUUGCAUGGCAAGCCAAAGUUCUUGAAUUCGAC